AUGAUGAUGAAGAAGUCGAUGCUUAAGGGGCUUUCUCAACUAGACAUACGAACAGACACGGUAUGUGCGGGAUGCCAAUAUGGUAAAGCACAUCAAUUACCAUAUCAAGAGUCAAGGUUUAAAGCAAAGGAACCAUUAGAGUUAGUCCACUAUGAUGUAUUCAGACCUGUUAAGCAACCAUCAAUCGGUGGUAUGUGGUACAUGGUGACAUUCAUUGAUGACUCCUUAAGCCAACAAAGACUAGAAUCUAUGGCAGAUGGGUGUGAAGAACGCUUUUCUUCAUUGAGAAUUGGAUCGGGAAAUUUAUAUGAUCCAACCAAUAGAUUGAAACAAGCACCCAGGGCAUGGUAUGGUAAAAUCGCUGAAUUUCUAACUCAAAGUGGUUAUUUAGUAACAUCUGUAUAUUUCAGCUUAUUUAUCAAAACAAAUAAAGGAAAAUUAGCUAUCGUGCUAGUAUAUGUGGAUGACCUAGUCAUAACAGGCGAUGACAAAGCAGAAAUUCUUCAAACGAAGGAGAAUUUAUCAGUUCAAUUUCAAAUGAAAGAACUUGGGCAACUUAAGUAUUUUCUUGGUUUAGAGAUUGAUCGCACACAAAGUGGAAUAUUUCUUUGUCAACAAAAAUAUUCCGAAGACUUGUUGAAAAAGUUUGGAAUGCUCAAAUGCAAGCCGAUCUCGACACCUAUGGAACAAAAUGUCAGAAUGUGUGCACAUGAAGGGAAAAGUUUAGAAGAUGCAACUAUGUAUCAACAAUUGAUAGGCAGUCUCGUCUACUUAACCUUAACUCGACCUGAUAUUUCUUAUGCAAUCAGUGUAAUAAGUCAGUAUAUGCAAAAUCCAAAUAAGCCUCAUUUGGAAGCAGCUCGACGAAUACUAAGAUAUGUAAAGAACACAAUUGAUUAUGACCUUUUGUACAAAAGAAAUGAAGACUGCAAGUUAGUUGGCUACUGCGAUGCUGACUAUGCAGGAGAUUAUGACACAAGAAGAUCAACAACUGGUUAUGUAUUCAAGCUUGGUUCUGGAACAAUCUCGUGGUGUAGCAAGAGACAACCAACUGUAUCAUUGUCAACCAUUGAAGCUGAGUAUCGAGCAGCAGCAAUGGCAGCUCAAGAGAGCACAUGGUUAAUACAACUAAUGAAUAAUCUACAUCAACCAGUAGACUAUGCAAUUCCAGUAUAUUGUGACAAUUAA